UGCUUUUGCAAAAGCGAUAUUUAGCACUCCACUUGUAAUCUGGCCCUAUAUUGGCUGCGUGAUACUGCAAUGCAUUUGUUUAGCCUCUUAAAGGCAAGCUUUUACAAUUUUAUAUUUAUUUGCGCAUCAUAUUUUUAACAUUUCCUGCUGUGCCUCCAGAAUUUUAGAAAACCAUCACCCAUUGUGUUUAUAUAAAUCCUUCUGCUUGGCACAUGUUCUGUUAAUUUUAAAAAAAAACAAAAAAAACACCUUGAUCCUUAAACAGUUAUUAUUGCACUUAAGUGCUUAUUUAAUAAUUUUGCUUUUUUGUCUAUUUACAGGUAAACUUUCUAACUGUGAAACUAAUGUGUACUGGUUCAGUGCUGCACAGGUUGCAUAUAUUAACACAUUUUCAAGAAAUUUGUGACCAUAACUACUUUUGUCCGUUUGUAUUUUUCAGUCGCGUCAAUGCUAAUCUUGAAAGAAUACAUCUGUACACUUUUCAUGGGAAGACUAGCAAAAUGGAAGAGCCCCAGACAAAUGUCGAAAGUGCUAACAAAAGCCUCAAAGAUGACAGCUAUUUCAGUUCCGAGGAAAUCCAAGGAAAUAAAACUUCUCUUCAGAAAAAUAUUUCUUUGACAGUGCCUGAAGAGUUACCAAGGGAAAGGCCUGAAAAAGCCUUAAAUAAAGUCCAACCCUCCCUACUUCUACAAGCUGGUACUCCAUUUGUCUCUAGUGAAAAUUCAAAAUUGCCUAAAGUGAAUGCUAAUAAUGGAUCAGUUUUAAACUCCACAACAAAUACUUCUGUCCUUACAACAGACAUUGUUUCACCAAUGACAGAAGUUUCUGUAGCCCCACAAACGGAUACUUGCUCAACUUUGAAAGUAGUAUAUGAACUUCAGCAGUCUUCAAAGAAUAUUAUAAAAAAAUCAAAUCAACACGUUUUAUUUUUAUUACCAGAUAUAGCACAUGCCAAGAAUGACAUCAAUUCCAUAUUUAAACAUCCUACCUCUCCUUCAGUUUCUUGUGAGACAUCUAAUAAUUUUAAUACUUUUAAGUUAGAUAGCACUUUAGCAGGGCCAGUUGAUAAGUGUGAAGAUAGCAAUGAGCUAUUAGUCAAUGAGUUGCUUAACCAGACCCAAGAUUGCAAAGAUACCAAUGAUUAUAUAAAAGAGACUAUAAUGGAUACUCCAAAUGAACUUGUAAACAAUGAAAAAGUAGUAGACGGGUCUGAAAAUAAUGGCACUAUAAGAGUAGAAAAAAAGAGAAAGAGAAAAAUGGAUGGUAGUAAGAUUACUCGUUGCUACUCAGAAGAUGCUUAUAAUGAUGAUAAUUAUUUUUCCAAGAAAUCAAAGUUAUUACAUCUAGAUAGAGUGGAAAAGAGUUCUGAAGAGCAGAUGUUUGGUUUACACAAUUAUGAAUUAACAAAGGUCAAGUCUGAAUCUUGUCUUGAUGAGCCGGAAGAACGUCUUCCAGAGCAAGCUGUAGAAACCAUGAAAAAUUUUAUCUAUAAUCCGGUUUGUGACUUUACUAGUGAAACAUCACCUAUCCAUGGUGGGUCUUUUUUCCCCAAUAGUUUGCAAAAUGAGCAUGAUCCUCAUUCAUCACCACCUUGUACAAAUGAUCAAGAGCCAUCGUUUUACCCGUGUACAAAGUGCAAUGUGAAUUUUAGAGAGAAGAAACACCUUCAUAGGCACAUGAUGUACCAUUUAGAUGGUAAUAAUCACUUUCGACAUCUCAAUAUUCCAAGGCCAUUUGCUUGUAGAGAAUGUGGUAGAACUUUUAGAGAUCGUAAUUCACUAUUAAAACACAUGAUUAUUCACCAGGAAAGACGACAGAAAUUGAUGGAGGAAAUCCGUGAAUUGAAAGAGCUUCAGGAUGAAGGUAGAAGUGCACGAUUGCAGUGUCCACAAUGUGUAUUUGGAACCAACUGCCCAAAGACUUUUGUACAACAUGCCAAAACCCAUGAGAAAGAUAAAAGAUACUACUGCUGUGAAGAAUGCAACUUUAUGGCUGUCACUGAAAAUGAACUGGAGUGCCAUCGGGGUAUUGCUCACGGGGCAAAACGCUCUGUUCUAACUGCAGAGGUAUCCCACAGAACAGUCCAGAAAAAAACUUCAUUGAAAGAACCUUUUUUUCUUUCCUCCAAAAAAUCUACAUCGUAUAUGUGUAAGAUGUGUCCUUUUACUACACCUGUCCGAAAUAUUUUAAGGAAACAUAUUGAAUAUUUACAUCCAUCAACUUCUGUGGAUCGGUUUAAUGGGCCCCUUGUACUUAAAAGUGAAAAUAUGAAUGAUAAUGAAUUUGUAGAUACUAGUAAAGAAACAAAAUCAUUCAUGAAACCAUCCUCCUCUUUUCCAAAGAACACUUUCUUAAAGCAGGAUGUUAAAAGAUCAUAUGUUUCUGUGUCUCAACCAAACAGUUUCACAAAGUUCCACAGAAAACACAAACUCCAAAAAGCUAGGAAAGGUCCAGCACAAUCUUUACCAUGUGGACCUUCUGUUUCUCCAAAUAAUUCUCUUUUAUUCUCUAGUAAUGACCAAAAACAGAGAUAUUUUCAACAAAUGAAUAAGGAAAAACAUGCCAGGGUGAACCAUACAUACAGAUAUAAACAGAUGGAUGGUUACAAAAUAAGGAAAUCAAGUGACAUUUACCCACUAAAUUUAAAAAAGGAACACGAAAAUAGUACUAAUUCUAUGCAGAUGCUUUCAAUACAUGGUGAUCUUCAAAAUGAUAAUUUAGUCAUGGAUUCACAAAAUUCAUAUGCUAAAAAGAUUGUUGAACGUAGGCAGGGGUCUCAAAAAAAAGUGCUAAAAUCAGAAGAGGGGCACCCAGUCACGCAAGAAGACUUGGAUUGUUAUCCAGAUUUUCUUCACAAAAUGACUUUUGCUGUAAUUAAGAAACUAGAAUCAUCUGAGAAGAAGGGUGAUAAUUAUAAUUCCUGGAGAAACGGUGAACUUCAUAGUUCAAACACGGAGUCACCAGAUAAUACCUACAGUAAUUCAAAAAAACAAAAUAAUUAUCCACUAUUCAAAGAGAAACUGAAACGUCGCCAUACUGGAGAUGAAACCAACUUGCAUUUUAAUAAUGAGGACUUUUAUUUUGAGUAUUAUGAAGAUGGAGAAGAAUUACAUGAAACGUCUGGUGCUAAUCUGGAAGAUGCAGAUUCUGCAUUACCAAUCGACAAUUCUGCAUUCCACUGGAGUGACUUGUCCCUUGAAAAAAAGGCAUGUCCAUAUUGUCCCGCAACAUUUGAAACCGGAGUUGGAUUAUCAAAUCAUGUUCGUGGGCAUCUUCAUAGAGCAGGAUUAACUUAUGAAGCUCGACAUGUGGUGCCACCUGAACAAAUAGCAACUAAUGACAAAAUGCAGCAUUUCAAGAGGACUGGAACCCCAACAAAAAGAGUAAGAAAAGAAUGCUGUGCUUUUGUUUACUUAGUAUUAGACUGCAAGCAAAAAAAGUCAAGGUCAAGAUCUGGAAGUAAGAAGAAAGGACUACAGUUACCUCACAGUUCUGAAGAAGUUUACAUCUUGAGAUGCAGGUUUUGUGGACUUGUUUUUCGUGGACCUCUGUCAGUUCAAGAGGACUGGAUAAAGCACUUGCAACGCCACAUUGUUAAUGCUAAUCUUCCUCGGACUGGAGCUGGUAUGGUUGAAGUAGAGCCGCUGCUUAAAAAAACUCCCUCAAUCACUGAAACUUCAUUUUCUCUACUCAUGGCGGAAGCAGCAACAUAGAAGAAAUGACCAUAUUAAUAACAAAACUCAUCUGCAUUGGAUGUACAGUGGAGCUUUUUUAAAUGUUGCUAUAUUUGUUUAUAUUGCAAAGGACAAACUAAAUACUGAUUUGCCAUAAUGUAAAAAAUAACUGUCCUUAAGUUACAGUAAGUUCUUUAUAUUUUAUUAGAAAUAAUUUUAAGUUUUGGUUACAUAAUGUGUUUAAUGUGACAAAGUCUUUUUAGAUCUACAAAACUUUUUAAAAUUAUCAAAGAUUUUAAUCGGAUUAUGAAAAUAUUGACCAUGAAAAAAUGCAGGCAUCCUUAUUUAAAAAAAAAGACUUGGAUGUUCUUAAAUUCUUUUUGUUUGUACAAAGUAUUUUAUAUAAAGAAUCAAUACUUCAAAAUGUAUUCCUUAAUUUAGGGCAUUAAGUAUUACCAUAUUCUUCAGUUCAAAAGACUGUUCAAUUCAAAUAAGGCAAUCAGUAAAUUUCUGUAUAGAUGUAUGGACGGUUUUUGUUUUAGUUUUUUAUGAUUAUUAUUAUUAUUACUACUACUACACAGAAGCUUUUGUACUAAAAAGUGGAGGGUGAAUUGUGAAACAAAUAUUUCUUUAAAAAAAAUGUACAUAGUACUGGAAAUUAUUUGUUGUGAGGAAAUAUUCUCUUUUUCAAUUGCAUUUCUCACUAACUGGCGCAUCCAUGCUACCUCCUUUUGUCAACAAAAUGUAAUUACCCAUUUACAUUUCCUAUUUUAAAUUUGAGCAUAAUUUUUGUUAUUGCAACAAAAGUAAUUGGUUUUCCAUUUUUAUUUGUGUUAUACUUUAGUCGAUUUGCCUUCUUACUAGUUUAUCAAAGCACAUUUCUAUAAAGUAGAUUUUUCACCACACUGUACAUGUUCUCAUUUUCAGUUUAUCUACAUUUUUAUCAUUCUAGCAAAACAAUAUUUCAACACAUGAGAAUGUUUACAAUUUACGAUUUUAGAUCUUGUUUUGGAUGUGGUUGUGUAAGAAAAAAUUGUGUAACACUAUGCUCAUGCAAAGGGCCUACUUACGGAAAUAUUGAAAUAAAUGUGUUGUGAGGAUGGAAGCAAGA